CAGACCUUUUUGUUUUUUAUUCAAUUUCAUUCAGCUGCAAGAAAUCUACUUCCUACCAACCUUUGUCUUCAUGGUCCAGCCAUUUUAAGGAAAUCCAAACUAUUGUUUGUUUUUGCCAAAGAUUUUGUCAGUUUUUCUUCAGCUUCCAUUUCCAUAGCUCUGAAUAUGAAUAUGCAUUCUCUUCUAAAACUAGCUCUAAUUUGUUCCUUUUGGCCCACUAUUACCCCCUUGAGUUUGAAUUAUCCAGCGGUGUUCAACUUUGGGGACUCAAAUUCAGAUACUGGCGGAUUAGUUGCCGGAAAAGCUUUUCCGAUGAUACCACUUAAUGGAGAAACUUACUUCCAUGAACCCUCUGGGAGAUUCUGUGAUGGUCGCUUAAUCAUUGAUUUUCUAAUGGAGGCAAUGGAGCUUCCAUACCUGAACCCAUAUUUGGAUUCUGUUGGCUCUCCCAGUUUCGAGACAGGGUGCAAUUUUGCAACCGGAGGGUCGACCAUACUUCCAGCUGAUGCAGCUUCUCCAAAUCCUUUUUCCUUUAACCUUCAGAUAUCUCAAUUCUUCAGAUUAAAGAAUCGAGUUCUUGCGUUACUCUCGAAAGAUAAAGAACUUCAGAAGUAUCUUCCUGCAGAAGAUUAUUUCAAGCAGGGCCUUUACAUGUUUGAUAUCGGCCAGAAUGAUCUCGAUUUCGCAUUCUACUCAUCAACGUCGGAGGAACAAGUACUUGCUUUGAUCUCAAAACUUCUGUCAGCACUCAAGGAUGGAAUGAAGAGAUUAUAUGAUGCAGGAGCAAGGAAUUUCUGGAUUCAUAACACAGGUCCCCUUGGAUGCUUGCCAAGAAUCAUUGCUACAUUUGGAAAAGACGCCUCGAACCUAGAUGAGCUUGGUUGCGUAAUUUCACACAAUCGAGCAGCUAAGGUUUUCAACAUGAAACUCCAUGAUAUAUGUCUAAAGUUAUUGGCACAAUUGCCUGAAGCUAAUUGCACUUACAUUGACAUUUACUCAAUAAAGCUAAACCUUAUUUCAAACUAUUCUCUAUAUGGAUUCCAACAACGUUUAGCAGCAUGCUGUGGUUAUGGUGGACCUCCAUUGAAUUUUGACACUAGGAUUGCUUGUGGCCUAACUAAAGAUCUGGAUGGGAGCAUAGUGUCAGCAAAUCCAUGUAAUAACACCGCUGAGUAUAUAAAUUGGGAUGGAAAUCAUUAUACAGAAGCUGCAAACAGAUUUGUUGCAGACCUAAUACGAACAGGAAACUACUCCGAUUCACCUCAGUUGGCAAAUACACCAUUAAUUCUUACCUGAGCAAAGAGGGGGAAUGAGCUAUUGUUGCUCUAUUCAGUUUGUAUUUUGUAUUACUUAAUCAGAGUUCAUAUGAAAAUGGCAGAUAGAUGUAAAGCAUGGCAUAUGUGUUGAAUAAAGACAACCAGUGAAAAGUCUCCGCUGAAACCAACAGGUUCACGAAAAGAGUUAUAGUUUGAUGAGUACUGAAACUUUUUUUGGUUCUCUUUUGCUGCUUAGAAGGACAAAUUACCAAUACAAAGUUUCUUCAGCUCAUUCAGUACUAAUUUAGGUAGGAUCAUAUUUCCGCAUAGCUCGAGCCCCAAUAUAAUUAUUAGUGCAGACGUAUCAUUUUCAUUGUUGCUAGCAAUCCAAAAUCAUAAAUAUGAAAUGCAAUGAU